AUGAUCACCCAUGAAACCAAAACCCCAAAAAAACCCAACAAAACCCACUUCCAGAAACUACCACCAGCAGCAAAAAACCCAUCAGAUUAUGGCUUCAAAAUAACAAGAACAGCAGUCUCGCAAAUCUGCCAAUCAGUAGGGUUUAAGUCCAUACAACUCUCAGCUCUUGAAACCCUAACUCACGUAGCCACCCUUUACCUCCAAACACUAGGCAAAACAGCUGUAUCGUAUUCCAAUGCAUCUAACCGUACUCAAUCAAACAUCUUUGACAUCAUCAACUCAUUACAUGACAUGUCGUCUGUACAAGGUUUCCCGGGAGGAUCAACUCUGCAUCGUAGUAGUGGCAUGAGCCUUUUAAGGUCUGGCGUGUUAAAAGAUAUUAAAUCCUUCGUCGCUUUCAGUGAUGAAAUCCCUUUUGCCAAGCCUAUUCCAAGAGGGAAUUCGAUUUCUCUGAGAAGGAAUUCAAUUCCUUUGGAAUUAGAUGAAUUGGAUUCCACAGGUUUGCAUAUUCCUAGGUGGUUGCCGAGGUUUCCUGAUGAGAGUAGUUACAAGACGUGUGGGGACAGCUGGGAAAAGAGGAGGACGGGGGACUUGGUCUUGUGGGAGAGGUCUGAUUUGGUGAGUGCUGGAAAUGGAAAUGAAUUCCAGGAGAAUGAGAAAGGAAGUGAUGGUGGUGGUGGUGGUGAUUUGGCGGUGGAGAGAGGGAGGUUGAGGUUUAAGAUUGGGGAGGUGGGAAAGGCACAAAAGGGAGGGAUUUUAAAUUCCUUUUUGUGA